AUGGCCUUUUCUACGGCAUACUCCUCAUACUCAGCUGAUCCAUAUUACACCUGGCACAAGUCUUAUCCAUACUCAUCAUAUGGCGGAAACUUCAGCAACCCGUAUCUCCCUCGUUCCUACGAUGACCUCAGCUAUCGUGACUCGUAUUACCGCACUCCAUCAGUACACCCGAUAGGCAUCAAUCGUCCUCGUCGUGGAUCGUCUGUUUCUUAUUCCUCUGUGCCUAGUUUGUUUGAUGGCUUCUCGCCGUACUCGAGAGGUGGAGGUGGGAUAGUGAAGUUCAAGCGUAAGGGUGCUUUCCGCUCGGGGAUCACCCUCGGGGAGGCCCAGGCAAAUAUUUUGCUAUCGGGUCAAGACUCGUACACGUUGGAUGAUCUAAGUGUGGACUACAGGGGAAAAAUAUUUGUUCAUGUCAGGUGGCCCGGAUAUUCUCCCCUUACCUACGAGAUACCAGUGGAUAGUUACAGCGGUUUGGUUGACCUACAUUCACUGGUACGAAGAGUUGCCCGUGCAGUCUCACACUAUAUUCAAGCAAACGCCAUUCCUAUCCACUGGAAUCAAGUGGAAAUACAAUACUUGGAAGAGAUGACGCCGGGAUCGUGGCACCUAAAAAUGAAUGUUCAUUAG